AUGCCUCACGUUCCCGCUUCAGCUGAAGCUAACAGCCAAGGCGAUGCGCCUGAGCUCGUUUUCCCACCAGUCACCAAAGAUCACAUCCAAAACUGCUCCUACGACUCCUGGUUUCCCAAGUACCGAAGCUCGUGUCUCAAAUCUCGCAUAAUAGCACUGCCGCCUUCAUUCGUCGAGUAUAUCCAUGAAGACGGUAUAGUUCUUGCAGAUGAUGACGACGAGAAUCAAGACGAGCCUGAAGAGUGGCAUGCAUCAUCCAAUACAUCUGCAAGACCUCAAAUUAAGGAUCCUGACUCGUCAGAUGACGAAGAAGACGAACCUGAAAGGCUCCCUCCUAACCAGAGAUUCCCGGAGACUCACAAUCUCAUCAAAGAGAAGAUUGCAGAAUUAGGUGGCUCAGUUGCGCCCAAGUUGAACUGGUCUUCACCAAAGGAUGCCAAGUGGAUUUCGCCUCACCAAAAUACACUCAAGUGCACAACUCCAAACGACAUAUACCUACUCCUCAAGUCAUCUUCUUUUGUUUCUCACGAUCUCGAUCACGCCUUUGAAGACUGCACUCCGAGACCUCCGACCAAACCAUAUGCGCCCAUUCUUGUUUUGAGACCAUUCUUCACCCCUCAUGUGGCCCUCGAAUUUCGAUGUUUCGUCAAGCACAGAACUCUCAUUGGCAUCACACAGCGAGAUCUCAAUCAUUAUGAUUUCUUAGAGCAGAUUCGACCUCAGCUGUGGCGUAAGAUCAAGACAUUCUUCCGAGAGAAACUGAGGUUCACAUUUCCUGACGCCAGCUUCGUCUUUGAUGUUUAUAUUCCCGAGAACUCCUUUGAGAAAGAUGGACUUGGGAAAGUCAGGUUAAUGGACAUAAACCCAUGGGCUCCUAGAACAGACAGUCUCCUUUUUGGCUGGCAAGAGCUUCUUGAGAUGGAUGUCAAGAACCCCCUCUAUGGAACCUCAAGCAAUGAGGCCGGUGCGGAUGUCAGCGGCGAUGACACAGUCACAGAGGGUGAGGACGAGGAUGACGAUAUUGAGUACCGGCCUGAGAUGAGCCCUGAAUUCCGGAUAAUAGAAAAGGAUGACCCAGCUGCGUACAACUUUAGUAGCCCACAAUAUUCAGCGCACAAGCUACCAAAAGAGGUAGUAGAUGCAAGCAUGGGUGGCCAGGGAGGGUUGAUGGAGUUUGCGAUGCAGUGGAAGGAAAUCACCGAGGGACGAGGAGAUGGAAUUUGGGAACAGGCAGCUGGUGCUAGGCAAUAA